AUGAAAUUAUUGAAGAGUGUUAUUGUACGAGAUGCUGAUGAUGAUGAAUCUUGUUUUAUGAAUGAUGUAAAUUUGGAAAAUUAUGCACUCUACUUGCAAUACUUGUUACCUUUAGCAAGUAAGAGUGAAUGUUCUGCAUCUUCUUCGGAGGAGAAUGAGGAUUUUUACAAUAUUGUGGAUUGGUUAUUUGCUUUUAAUAUUUUGAAGGAGGUAACGAUAGGUUCUGUUUUGAAUUGUUAUGGACAGUAUUUGAUUGGAAUUCAAAAACCUUAUCAAUUGUUUGAUAUUAUUGCAAGAAAUAGACAUUCGUUUGAUUCGAGUAUUGUGGAUUUAACUUUGUGUGAAGAUAUUCUGGUCGAGUGUUCAAAUCUGACAAGAGAUUUAGAUCAGUGGCGAUUGAUUUAUAGGUACAGAAAGGAAUGGCUUGUGGAAUUAUUGGAAAAAUAUGAUGGUGAAGAUUCGGCUCUUAUUGAUUUGGCUGCACAAAUAUGUUUCGAAUUGAUUAAAUCUUAUGCAAUGAGUGUGGAUGAUUCGAAACAGUGUUAUUUAUUUUCUGAGCCACAAGAAACAGGUUCCAAUGAAAAUAACCAACAAAAUAUCAGGAAAUAUGUUGAAAGGAUAAUGAACUACUCCAUCUAUAGAACAACCAGAGGAAUCCAAAUUGCUUUGGAAAAUCUAUUAGAAGAAAUAGGUCAAGAGGAAUUAAUGAUAGGCUUACCUUCUUCCUCGUCAAAUAGUGUAAAUAAGAGUGAAUCGGUUUUUAAUACCACAGAAAGACAAAAUAGUGUACAAUACAAUCAGCAACAACCAAGAAAUUACAACACAACAGAAGAAGUGGAAGAUCACUUGACACUCAUUUCCAUGAUUGAACAGCAGAGAGAAGAUAUUGAACAAUGUAAACAGGAGAAUAAGUUUUUAGAAUUUCAGUUAAGCCAACAACAAGAACUGGUAAUGUCUUUGAUGCAAACCAUCAAGACUCUGAUUAACAAGACAAACGAAAAUAAUGCCGAAAUCAAAGAGCUCAAACAAGCAAUCCAAAAAUUGACAGACCAGUAA